AUGCAUUCGUUUCUUAGUCGAGCAAAUACUCUAUUUGCUUUUACAAUCACUGUGCUUGCAGUGUUGACAACAGGAGUGUUUGUGUCGACGUUUUUUGAGGAAUACCGUGGCACAGUUUCAAUUGGAGCAGUCAGACCAAUCGUAAAACAUAUGACAGACUUUUCUGCCAAUCGAAAGAAGAAUGAUUUAGGUGUAUUACAAUUAACUCUUGAUAUGGAUCUAAAUCCAUUAUUUGAUUGGAAUGUCAAACAAUUGUUCUUAUAUUUAGUCGCUGAAUAUGUUACACCAGCCAAUACUCUGAAUCAAGUUGUUCUAUGGGACAAAAUUGUUCGACGUGGUGAAGAAGCUCGUCUGAGUUUCCAUGAAAUUGCUACAAAAUAUUACUUCUGGGAUGAUGGAGAACACUUACGAUCGAAUAAUGUAACGUUAUCAUUGAACUGGAAUAUCAUCUCGAAUGCUGGUCGGCUAAUGCACGUUCGGGCAAACGGCAGUACAUCUUUUGUCUUUCCGGAUCAGUAUAUAACUAGUCGAACAGCUAGUCCGAAACCAUCUGGUCAACAAUGA